CCGCAUUCUAUGCACAGUCACUCAGAAAGACAGAGACUUCUCGUACAGUCAUCUUCCCUCCCCCGGCCUCUCUCUCUUCCCCGGUGCUCACGUGCCCCUUGACAAGCCGUGCGAAACAGCACAAUCUGUAGUUUGUCAUGGCACCUGAGCUCGUCCCUAUUUCAGUGAAGCCGGCCGACUUACCGGUGCAGGCCGGCCUCCUGGGCCGAGCGUAUUUGACAUUCCUGGCCGGUAACGGUGACUACGUGAAGGGGGUGGUUGGGCUGGCAAAGGGCCUGAGGAAGGCCAAGGCAGCAUACCCUCUGGUCGUCGCGGUGCUGCCCGAUGUGCCGGAGGAGCACAGGCAGAUCCUGGAGUCGCAGGGCUGCGUGGUCCGGGAGAUAGAGCCCGUAUAUCCGCCCGAGAACCAGACCCAGUUCGCCAUGGCCUACUAUGUCAUCAACUACUCCAAGCUCCGUAUCUGGGAGUUCGUGGAGUAUAGCAAGAUGAUCUACUUGGAUGGGGACAUCCAAGUGUUCGAGAACAUCGAUCAUCUGUUCGACCAGCCGGAUGGCUACUUCUAUGCUGUGAUGGACUGCUUCUGUGAGAAGACGUGGAGCCACUCCCCGCAGUAUAAGGUCGGGUACUGCCAACAGUCACCGGACAGGGUCAAGUGGCCUGCGGAGAUGGGUGAGCCGCCCGCCCUUUACUUCAACGCUGGCAUGUUCGUCUUUGAGCCAAGCAUCGCCACUUAUGUCGACCUCUUGGACACCCUCAAGAUCACUGCUCCGACAUCUUUCGCUGAGCAGGACUACUUGAACAUGUACUUCAGGAAUAUCUACAAGCCAAUUCCACUAGACUACAAUCUCGUGCUCGCCAUGUUAUGGCGUCACCCGGAGAAUGUUGACCUCGAGAAGGUGAAGGUGGUUCACUACUGUGCAGCGGGAUCGAAGCCGUGGAGGUACACAGGAAAGGAAGAGAACAUGCAGAGGGAGGACAUCAAGAUGUUGGUCCAGAAGUGGCGGGACAUCUACAACGACGAGUCUCUGGACUACAAGGGGACCGAGGUCGAGGCCGUGGAGAAGGCCGUGACCGUGGAGCCAUUCAUAGCAUCUCUGUCGGAAGUUCCGACUGCGCCUGUUCAGUAUGUCACCGCUCCGUCCGCAGCUUAGGGACAAACUCCGUUCCGAAUAGUACCCUGGAAUAAUUCGGAGUUUCAGAACUUAAAAAAAAAGGGGUGGAGGAGAGAUACCUCCACGUCAAAAGAAAUGGGAAGAAGUCGUCGUCGUUUCGUUUCUGUUUUCGGUUGGGAGUCGGGUAGUAUCCUCUUAUGUGUGUGAAGCAAAGAAUCUGUCAUGAGCCACGUGAUUUGGGAAUGACAAGUUAUGUUAUCAUCGAUGGAAAACUUGCACAAGGUUCUAAAUAAAGAUUUAUUGCAGCAUCCUUUUUCU